GUUUCCUACGUGUCAAUUGCAUGCCCUUCCCUCCUUCCUUAAACCGAUUCUAGGGUUUCUGCCAAAUUCUCUCUCUCUCUCUCUCCGAACAAUUCUUUCAUUGAUUUCCGAUUCCUCCCAUUCAACUCACUAAUGGGCAAGAAGAAACCCAAGGAUCCGCAACAAACUACCCAAACCGACGACGUUUCAUCCCCUUCCAGCAUUUUCAACAAGCUCUUCGGCAACGCGCCGGAACAGUCCACCGCAACCCCCGCCGCUUCUCUAUUUUCCGAUGACAACCCCUUUCGUAGAAAGCCUCCACAACCUGCUCCGGCUUCCAACUCAACCAAUCACACUCUGAGCCCUAACAACGUUGUCUCUGGGAACCGCGAUUCCAGCGACGAGAAAAAGAGGAAAAGGAAAAAGGAGAAAAACCCCAUCUUCGAUUCCGAUUCCGUUGUCGACGUGUCGGAGAAGAAGAGGAAACAAGGUUUCGAUGAAAGGGUAGGGGAAGGGGAAAAAAAGCUUAAUGUGGGUGCGGGAGAAAUUGAGAAGGGCAAGGAGGGGAAGAAAAAGAGGAAAAGGGAUGAACUUGAGAAAGAGUGGGAGGAAAGGAAGUAUGGGCCAGUGGAGGGAGGGGAGGAAUUUGAAAAGGAAAAAAUUGGGAGUAAAACUGUUGGGAGCAAGAGGAAGACUUUGGAUAAUCCAGCUGAUAUGUUGGUGUCAAAAGAGGGUUUUGAUGAUGAGGAUAAGCUUUUGAGGACUAUUUUUGUUGGGAAUUUGCCUCUCAAGGUGAAAAAGAAGACUCUAUUGAAGGAGUUUAAGAAAUUUGGUGAGGUUGAUUCUGUGAGGAUCCGUUCUGUUCCAAUACAAGAUACCAAGAAACCUAGAAAGGGGGCAAUCCUUGCGAAGAAAAUAAAUGAUGCUGCUGAUAGUGUUCAUGCUUACAUUGUUUUCAAAACCGAGCAAUCUGCUCAGGCUUCUUUGUCCCACAACAUGACGAUGGUUGAAGGAAAUCACAUUCGUGUUGAUAGGGCAUGCCCACCCCGCAAAAAGCAUAAAGGGGAGAGUGCUCCACUUUAUGAUAGUAAGAGAACUGUUUUUGUGGGCAACCUUCCAUUUGAUGUGAAGGAUGAAGAGCUUUAUCAGUUAUUUUGUGGUAUAUCCAAUCUGGAAUCAAGUAUAGAAGCUGUUAGAGUUGUUCGAGAUCCUCAUCUUAAUGUUGGGAAGGGCAUUGCCUAUGUGCUGUUUAAAACAAGGGAAGCCGCUAAAUUUCUUGUUAAGAAACGGAACUUGAAGCUUCGAGACCGAGAAUUGAGGCUUUGUCAUGCCAAAGCUGAUGCUACCCCAUCUAAGAGGCCCAGUCAUGCCAAAGCUGAUGCUACCCAAUCUAAGAGGCCCAGUCAUGCCAAAGCUGAUGCUACCCAAUCUAAGAGGCCCAACUCAUUGCCAACGGAAACUCCACCUGCAAAGAAGUUGUCUGUGGAUCCUAGGUCUCCUUCAAGCAGUAAGAACAACUCAAACAGAAAAACUAAUGCUUCUUAUCAGGGUCUGCGUGCAAGUAAAUCCAACGUCCCCAAGAAAAUUCCUGGAGGAGAAAAACCAAAAGAGCGCAAUAUGAAAAGACCAGCAGUAGCUGCCAGAAAGGUUAAAGCAAAGUCGGUGAAGGAGAGUGGUCUACCAAAACAAGCAGGGGUAAAACGCAAGCUUGAUAAUCGUACUCCCAAUAGCUCCUUACGAAAUAAGAAAGCCAGAAAGAACAGGUAGCAUGUUUCUUAUGGUAUAAGGGAUUAAUAAGCCCUGGUUACUGGUUAGAAUUUGCUAGUUGUAAUGGCUGAUGAGAGGAUGUGUGCACAUGGAGAAAAAAAUUGCUGAUACUGGCAUGGUUUUAUAGCAAAUGGGACAUUUCAGUGUUCUCAGUUAAUUGCUUCUAAGGGGACUUAAAAAAUUAGUCACAUUUGGUGGCGAACGAAGAGAGUUUAGAAAUCAGUGGAGAAAGGGAUCCAUAUUCACUCGUACGUUUAAAUUCUUUUUACAUUAUCGUCUCACUUUAUUUUAUUUUCAAUUUGAUUUGUAAUACUAUUAGUUUAUAGUAUGAUUUUGUUGGUAGGUUAUAUGUAAGUUCCACUAUAAGGCCUUGUCAAGGCUUGUGGCAUUUUCUCCCUUGGAAUGGAGCAUCAUCGUCAAUUCUUUCUCCCGAACUUUUGGUUCUCAAGAAUGUUGACUAGUUUAGCUGCUCGAUUGAGGCUUCAAUUUAUCCAUUACUAUUUCCUCUUUUAUGUACUUAGUAAAGCGUCCUGUAAUUCGUUUUUAUUUUGGUUGGAAGGUUUCGUUUUGGGAGUUCGAAGUUGAGGGUUUUUAGGGGUAAUCGUUUUCUUUGCAUUACGAUGUUAUGUUUUUCUUCUUUUUUUGUACAAUUUAAUAUGACGAUGAAUUCAGAUGAAUUUAAUCCUACUCAUCAGUUUAUUACUUCUAGGUAAUAGAGAUGGACCGUAAAAAAAAUUAGAAAAUCUCAUCUUCGAAACCUAAAGUAGUAGUGUU